AAUACAUUAAACUAUUACCAUAUUUUCAAUAGUAAUUAUAUUUUAAAUAGUAAAUAAUGUUUAUAAAAAUAUUAGUGUUGGUGAUAUUGGCAUAUCAUUCAGUUGUGAUCGUUCAGUGUAAUCGAGAAAUACUUCGAGACAAGUCUGUCAUUCAUUUCAAGUUUUUCGACAACAGUCUUACGCUUUAUAGCGAAGACAUCACUUCCGGACACAUCUCAUACAAAGUGUCGGCAAUUGAUUUGAAACGAAACAAAGUCACUGACCAUAACGUGAAGAUAUUUGUGUUGAAUGACAACGAAAAUCAGUUUAUACCGCAGGCACCGACCGGCCGGCUAUACAACCAUGGUGAAUUUGUUUUGUUUAGCAUCCAGGUGGCUAAUGUUGAGACAACAGCAUACCUAAUUGAAUAUUACGAGGCGUCCGGUGCCCGGGAACUGUUGGCCACGAGCCAUAUCGUGCUUUUUCAAAACACAACCACCGAUGGUCUGGUGACCACUCCUGUCAUCGAUAGUAAGGGCACUCUGAUUGGCAGUAUUAAUGUUAAUUAUUUGGUUAUUCGGCCGAUCAGUGGCUUCGAUGCCGACGCGGAUCAGACCAUUGAUAUCAAGUCGGGCGCAAUGAUGGGUCACAGGGGGACGGGUGUGGGCAGGCGUACGGACCUAAAAGAAAAUAUUCUGGAGAACACUAUCGCGGCAUUCAAUUAUGCCUGUCGUCACUGCAACUUCUCCAUAGGGAACGGCCAGUUGCACGGCAAAAGUGUUCCCAAUAGGGAGGGUUCCUCUAAGGGAGAUCAUGUGUUUAUGCUUAGCUUUGUUCCUUAUGGGGAGUGGAAGUUUUAUCUUAAUCUCUAUAAAUCCGUUCCUAAUGGGGAGAAUAAAGGCAUUGAUUUUGUGAAACAAAACACCGCGAUCAAAGAUUUAUCAUAUUCACAAAUGCAAAAGAUAAGUACUGUUGAGAGUAAAAACUUUGAUUAUGAGGACAAUCAGCCCUUUGAGACACUGGAGGAUGUCUUACAGAGAAUGGAUGCGAACUGUGGUAUCAAUUUUGAGAUCAAAUAUCCGCAGACAUAUAGUGACGGUCACUGGGAGGCAGAGAAGCCGUUGGAAUUGAAUGAAUACAUAGACAUCAUUGUGAAGGCAUUGUAUGAUAAUAUCGGCAACAGAUCCGGAAUCAUAACAUCAUUUCAUGCAGACUUGUGCUCAAUGAUACAAUUAAAACAAAACAAACUAAGAGUAGCACUCCUGACGUCUGGCGAUGUGCAGCACUGGGAACCGAAAGCUAAGCUUCCAUACGACCCGCGCAUCACUACUGUUUCGUUGGGCGCAUAUUUUGCUGAGGGUAUGGGUUUGGAUGGUAUGUCUAUUCUGGCUAAGGAUCUGUUGGCCGACAAAACUCUUAUACCGUUUGUAAAGUCACGCAAACAACACGUCUACGUCUGGGGCGACCAAAUCAAUAGCCGACAGGUCAUCGACCAGUUGAUCAAUAACGGCGCCGACGGACUUAUAAUUACUAAAAUUGACCAGUUAUUAUCACAAACCACUACAACUCCAGUAUAAACUUGCGAUGCGAUGCCGGCACCGGAGGAAGACGUGACGGCACAGGACACGUACGGCUGCCCUCUCGAUAGUAAGUGCAAAAGUCAUUGCGUGGGUCUCGGCUUUAAGAAUGGCAAGUGUGAGGGCGCAACACAUUUGACCUGUCAUUGUAUCGGUUAAUCUGGUUUGAAAUAUGGUUGAAAUUAAUU